AUGCCUCUUGCAGUGAGCACCUUCAGCAGCCCUCGUGCUGUGCCUCUGAGGAGUGUGGCGAUUCCCGUCUGUUCCUCUUGUCCGGGGAAAGGCUCCUCGAAGGCGGAUGGGCUCGUGACCGCCGGGGGCGCGCACGGGGCGCGCGCGCCAUCUAGCGGCUGCUGGCGGCGGGAGCGCGCUGCCGCUGUUGGGUCCCGUCCAGCGCUGGCCCUGCGGUGCCGCCGGCUGCACACCGUGUACCAGAGCGCGGAGCUGCCCGAGACACACCAGAUGCUGCGGCAGACGGUCCGGGACUUCGCCGAGAAGGAGCUGAUGCCGCUCGCAGCGCAGCUGGACAAGGAGCACCGCUUCCCGGCCGAGCAGGUGAAGAAGAUGGGUGCCUUGGGGCUGCUGGCUAUGGACGUGCCAGAGAAGUACAAAGGAGCAGGCCUCGACUACCUGGCCUAUUCCAUCGCUGUGGAGGAGAUCAGCAGGGGCUGUGCCUCCACGGGCGUCAUCGUCAGCGUCAACAACUCCCUGUAUUUAGGGCCAAUACUCAAGUUUGGCUCUGAAGAGCAGAAGCACCAGUGGAUUGCUCCCUUCACCAGUGGAGAGAAAAUUGGAUGUUUUGCCCUCAGUGAACCAGGAAAUGGCAGCGACGCGGGUGCAGCCUCCACCGUGGCACGGCUGGAUGGGGAUGAGUGGGUUCUGAACGGCACCAAGGCCUGGAUCACCAACGCCUGGGACGCCUCGGCCACCGUGGUGUUUGCUACUACAGAUAAAUCCCUGAAGCACAAGGGCAUCAGUGCAUUCCUGGUUCCCAUGCCAACACCUGGGCUGUCACUGGGGAAGAAAGAAGACAAACUGGGAAUCCGAGCCUCUUCCACUGCCAACCUGAUAUUUGAGGACUGCCGGAUACCCAAGGCCAACCUCCUGGGGCAGCCAGGAAUGGGCUUCAAAAUCGCCAUGCAAACUCUGGAUGGAGGAAGGAUUGGUAUUGCCUCACAGGCACUUGGAAUAGCCCAGGCAGCUCUGGACUGUGCUGUGGAUUAUGCUGAGAAGAGAAUGGCCUUUGGGUCACCCAUCACAAAGCUCCAGGCAGUGCAGUUCAAGCUGGCAGACAUGGCUGUGGCCUUGGAGGGUGCACGCCUGCUGACCUGGAGAGCUGCUAUGCUGAAGGACAAUGGAAAGCCCUUCACUAAGGAAGCAGCAAUGGCCAAACUGGCUGCAUCAGAAGCUGCAACGUCCAUCGCUCACCAGGCUAUCCAGAUCCUGGGUGGGAUGGGCUAUGUGACAGAGAUGCCGGCAGAGCGCCACUACCGCGACGCGCGGAUCACCGAGAUCUACGAGGGGACCAGUGAGAUCCAGAGACUGGUGAUUGCAGGCCAGCUGCUGAAGGCCUACCGAGGCUGAGGAGGCUGCCUGGAGCAGCACACUGCCCCCCGUGCCUCUAAUGGUGCACAGUGAUGGAGUUUGACCCUCUUGAAUGAGGCUACUGAUGGAGGUUUUCCUCACCAAUGAGUAACUGACCCUCUAGUUAAAAUGUGCUGAUUCUUCUUUGGACAAAGUAUGGCACACCGAGGCUGGACUGAGGUUUGUAAGUGAUGGCUGUGAGUGCAGGAGGGUGGGGGCAACCUGUACUCAUAGGGCAGCCUGGGGCUUUUCCUAAACUAGACUGUUGGAAUGGCUUGGUAGUGGCAACAUGACAGCACUUGCCAGCCACUGCCUGUUUUGCUAAAUUUGUCACUACAUGGCACUGGAUAACCAGUUCCAGAGAGUGAGAGCUGUGAUCCCUGUGCCCUGCUUCAGGCUGUUUGUCACGUGCCUCUGCAGAUGAGACUUCAGUGGAAUUCAGGUGUGGGAUGCAGCUGUGUGUGAGCUCCUACUGGGACAGCCUGGGCUGAGGUAAUCUCUUCCAGCAGGAGAGGAACCAGACAGGAGGACAUGGGAGGACAUGCAGGGAUGACCCACACACAGAGGGCUCUGGGCACAGAACGUGGUUGCUGUCUGCAUAGAUGUGAAAACAUAGAUCAGAAAGAAUCCCUCAAUCUGGGCCAGCAGGGCCCAGCACCUGCUCACUCAGCUGCUCUGGAACGUAAGGAUAGCUAGGAUAAUUAAUUAACAAACAAACAAACAACAAACCCCUCUGCUCCCAAAUCUACUUCUGCAAUGUCAGCAGGAAAGGGAGUGCCUAACAGGGCAGUAACAGCUUUUAAUCUCUACACGUUUUGGGCAAUGAGGAAAUGAAGAGAUGACACACAAACCUCACCAGGAAGCUUUAGCAGUAGCACAUCCUCAAUCAGUGAUCAUUGGUAAGACAUUAAUUUUAGAAGCAUCAACAGCCAAAGGAAAAGCUCCAAACUCAGGAGAAGAGGGAGGGGAUUAAGACUAGAGCCUGUAUGACCAGUCUGCCUCCUUGUCCAAACAAGUACACUAGAGGGAAAUGGUUAUUUUCCUGUGGCGCCAUUUAUUUAUAAUUGUGUGCAGACAAGAAGAGCAGGAUUCUGUUCCAUGAGAGAGCAGAGAAGACAAAUAAAACC